AUGGUUGUAUCACAGCUGGUUCAGCCAAUUCAUGCUCGUUUCAUGAGAGAGACCGGACUGUCAAGCUACUUGCAACGCAUUCUAGCAGAAUGUGAAAGUGCAAAGCAAAACGCAGCUUCAGCUUCGACGUCUCUAAGGCCACAAAUCUCUUCCCGUCUCUCAGACGCUCCUGUCGAAACCAAUGUUUCGAAUCCUCUGAUCGAGGAUCAGGCCUGGUUCGUCCCUCAUACGACCCCUGAUGUUCCAGUCUACAUUGGAGAGUCUUCAUCUACGGCGUUUGCGACCAGUCUACGCCAGGUUCUUGAUCACUCUUGUACCCGUGGUGUGCAUGUUCCGAGAACGCAUUAUGUGCCAGAUACAAGUUUGGUCCUUAGGCCAAUGAGCUCUACAUCGUGGCCGAGCGAAGCCAGGGCUCGGCUGCUUGUAAAGGUGGCACUGGCUUAUGUUGGUCGAACACAUCAUAUCAUAUUAGCCAGUGCUACAUUUGACAGACUCCAUCAGAUCUACCAAGACUUAUCGUGUAUCACAGAUGUGGAUGUGGGGAAAUUCUUUGGCUUGUUCGCCCUUGGGGAAGCAUAUUCAAUCACUUCUAAACCAGCAGAUGGCCACGAAGUUCGUGGCCUUGCAUACUUCAUCACAGCAAGUAAGAUAGCGCAGAACGUUCCGGAGCGAGCGACCCUAGCUUGCAUAGAGAACCUGAUGCUACUUGCAUUUUACUCUCACAUUCUAAACAGACGCCACUCGGCCUACCACUUCGUCGGCUCAGCUCUUCGACUCAGCAUGACAAUCGGGUUACACCACGGCCUUCCGCAGUGUUUCACUAUGAGCCCAGUCCUUCGUCAACAUCGGAUCCGAAUCUGGUGGACCAUCUAUGACUGCGAUCGUACAUGGGGUUCUGAACUUGGCAACCCAGCAUCGAUUCAAGAUAGUACUGUCUCUGUGGAACUGCCAUCAAUGUCGGGCCUGGAAAACAAGGAGAAGGAGGACUUUGCGGAUCCUGAAUAUGCCAUCGCCAACAUCAAACUUGCCGGAAUUGUGGGCGAUGUGAUGACCGACGUCUACACCCGGAAGCAAACGCAACCUUUUCUACACAGCGUCAGCACUAUUCUACGAAAAUUACAGAGCUGGAAGACACAUCUCCCAGAUUCACUCAAGCUGCCACAUACAGAUACCUGCGCAUCCUUACCCCGGAAUCUGAGUUCUCUACAUCUGUCUUUCGAUCAGACGGUCAUCCUCGUAACUCGUCCUGUCCUCCUUCACGUCCUCAAAAGGACGCUUCAGACUUCAUUAGGACGGAGUACCUCGCAUACUACACCAAUUACACCGCUUAUGUCUGAGCUUGCAAAUGCUUCUAUAGACGCAGCCCGACACAUUCACGAUCUGCAAUCUCAAGCUUGGAUCAGCGGCACAUUACCGAACGUUGGGUACUUUGACUCCCUCUAUAUUUUCUCGGCUGCCAUCAUACUCGCCAUCUCCUCAAUUCUUUCUCCAGCAGGUGCUGAUAAGCUGUGCUUUGAGACUGCGAGUCAGAUACUGCAGACUCUGGCUGAAAAUGGCAAUCUCCCGGCGGCGCAACUCUUGACACAUUUGGAGAGGGUGCAGAGUUCCAUUGACUUGCAUCGGCAGAAUGUGACCAGCAAAGAAAAUGAAACAAGAUAUCGAAGGGACGAAGGCGCAUUUUUGGGGGCAGCUCAGAGGAUUCCAAUAGGUGACACCAUGGAUACCACGUCGAUCGAGGGUUUCUCGUUGAUUGGCGAGGAGUACGCGGGCGACUAUUUCGAUUUCCUUGGUCCGUUGGUGGGAUUUGAAGGUGAGUCAUUUGUUGGUGAUCAAGAUGAUUUUGGUGGUUAG